AUGAGUGAUGCAGUAUGUAAUACUGAAUCUUCAACUGCUUGUGAUGCUUCCGAAUCACCUCCUAUCCUACAGAAUCGACAACCCAUCUGGAGACGACAUGUUUUCCCUGCUAGUCCUGCUGUGAGUGUUGAUCCAUUCGAGUUGCCUCCCAGUCUCACACCAGCUCUUAAACGAGUGAAGUCACGAACGAAACUGGUACCAAAGACACAAGCUGUUCCUGACUGCAGUUCUACGGUCGUGCCUUCGUUGUUCUUAAGAACGAGUCCUAGGAAGAAGCCUCCGACCGAGAAAAACUUUUACUUGGUCACUCAAAUGGAACAAAAAGUUGAUCUGGGAAAGUGCGGGGCCGCAGCCGAAAAUGCGCCUACUAGUUCCACUGAUACCAAUAUUGGUUCGCAAAUCCCAUCUAGAGUUGAUAACAACCCCUAUCCUGUGUCAUUACCACCGAAGAAGCCGCGUCUUGCAUUUCUAGCAACAAGCACUUCUGAUUUCCGCUCACCUCGAAAACCGGUGACAAUAGAGCCUGAUUUCCAGAAGCCUUCUUCUUCGACACCAUUGUCUCGCUUUUCAAAGACGCUUAGACACAGUAGUGCUAGUCUCAGUAGAAUAGCCGAUAAGAUUACUCGAGAGUCGGAGACCUCGCAUAACGAUUUGCCGGAAAAAACACUUUUAAUGUCACCGAAAUUGUUUCGUAGUCGGAGCAGUAUGAACCUGAGAUUAACGCCGGAAAGAGAUUUGCGAGAGCGAAGGAUUUCUGAAUCGAGCAAUGCAACGGCUCCUCGUGCUAGCCCGAAGAAGAAACUUCAGCCGAGUGCAACGUUAUCAGAUUUGCGACGCUCACCUUCAGCAUCGACGAAUCGAAGAAGGCGCGCUUCGCUCUCAUGCUCACACUCAAAGGAACCUCUUGCUAAACAGUUGCGCAAAAGAAGCUCGAGUCUUGAGCUGCGAGACAUCGAAACUAAUGAGAUAGCACUACAUAGGAAAAGGAGGGUCAACUAUGUGAAGCAAGUAAACGUACUUGACAUGGUAACUACCUUGACAGAGAUUUUCCCAAGCCAGAACACUGAACAGGCAGUCACUCUAUCCACAGAGAGUGUAAGCAGUAAUGAUCCGGAAGUAAAGAUUACUCCUCCACCAUUGGGCGCUGCAGACCGAGAUAGCCAAGAAGAUACUAAUUGCAACCAUGACACUCUGAAGGAUGAUGAACUAAUAAAAACUCACCUGAGCGCUGGGAGUGAACAUGAUCAGGGAGAAGCAGAAACGACAAAUAGUUUUGUGAAGAGUUGUCCUCUAGAGACCAAGCUGAUAUCAUCAAAGACGGAAAAAGCGGCUAACAGUAACAACAGAGGAGAACUUGUUGAACCAGAGAGAGGUCAACCGGUUGUGGUCAUGAACACCAUGGAGGCUGAAUCUGGCAUUUCAUUCGCGAGUAUAGAGAAAACUGCAAAAGAUGGAUCCGAUGAACGAGAAAAUGAUAACAACGAUGAUCAAAUAGCAUGUUCCUGCUCAAUAGAAGCUGGUUCGUCAACAAGUUCUUGUACAGUUGAAUGUGUUUCUGACGGUGCUACCCAAGAAGCUACUGCGAAUGAAAUUAAGAUAUCAAGUCCACUGAGGAAAAGUUCUUCCAAUUCUACUAAUUGCGCAACUUCAAACUUGGUACGAAAAUCGAAAUCUGAACAAUCUCUGGAUAAGCGAGUCAGAUUCCAAAACGUUAGUGUGUACUACUUCGCUCGAACACAAGGAAUUUCCACAGUGCCGAAAAAUGGCGAAGUAACGUUAGGGAUGGUAGAUAAGCACUUCACGAAGCGGCAGUUUCCGCUUUGGUACGGAAGACGACCAGAACUAACGCUUCCGAUUGACUAUGAAGAAGAGAUGUCAGAGAGUGAAAAUAUUGGUGAUGUGUUUGACGCCGAGGGGCUUGAGCGGUGCACUGCUCAUCAACUGCCUCUGUUCGAAGGUAAAACUCGAAUCAGGAUGUUGAAGCGGUCAGGAGUACAACUGCAGAAGGAUGAAAACGUAGAAAGUUUGGAAUCUAUUCGAAGGUCACGCAUUUUAUGUGGGUGCCAAUGCGAAAGCGGAUUUUGCAGACCGGAGACAUGUCAGUGCGCUUUAGAUGGGAUAGGUUGCCAGGUUGAUGGCCCAGAUGAGUUCGGAAGAUCGCACCCGUGCUCAUGCACAUACGCUAACUGUCUCAACCCCUGCGGAAGGAUAGAAUUUGAUCCGGAGCAUGUUAAGAAUCAUUACCGAAUAACUAUGAUGCGAUUGAACCAUGCAGAACAAAAGGGAAUAUACGACUCACCACAGCGGAUACGUUUCACAUCAGACGGGGAGGCUCAAUCGGUUUCCUACUUCACACCUCCACCUUCUAAAAGCACACCGCUAAUUGGAAUGCAAACCCAAGCUCAGGAGAGCAAAUUACUAACCGACGUGGACGACCCGCCUACGCGCAAGUGUCCAGUGACGCCGGUCUACAAAAAAUCCAAGCAAAAGCGUGGACUGAAGGUGGAACUUAUUGGUGAUCGGGCCUGGAUGGAGCCUUCAGAACCUGGUGUUUUUGUUUCUUUUCUCUUUUUUAAAUGUACAUGCCUUCUCUAUCGACUGAUAAACUAA